UUAAAAUACAGGAAGUGACGUUGAACAACGAAAUAACGCUUUCACUCGUUGGCAUGGAUUUCGGCUAAUAAACAAUUUGGAGGGGGAUUUUGUAACGCAUUUGAACGUUAGCUACUUCAAAUUAGCAUAGUGUUUUGUUUAGCUAAUCCAUCAAUAUUUAAACAAUCUAGAUUGCGAAAACCGGAAUAUUUUUCCUACUCUGAAGUUUCUGGUGCUAGCCAGCUAGUUUAGCACAACUGGCUGGCCUUUGUUUGUCAUGGGUGUUUUUCACAUAGUGCCGUUGAUCGGAUAACUAAUAUUUUCGCCUUUCAAUAUCCCUGAAUUUUAUAAAGAUGAAGAGAAAUGUGUCUCGAUUACGGUUAAGUCCAAAUGAAGAAGCUCAACUCAUUCGAGAGGAACACGAGAGGAGAAGGAAGCUGCGAAUACAACAGGUGCGGGAACAGGAGCGGUAUAUCGCUCUACAAAUCCGCACGGAGGUGCAACUGCGAAGGGAGCGCGAACUACAAAACCUGGCAGAGGAGUUGAAGGGGGAGUGGGAGCAACAGCAGAGUGAGAAACUGAAGACCCUGCAAAAGUUAUACCAGGACAAUCUCCGAGUUUUGGGAGAGGGACAUAGAAGUGCCAAAGAAAAUGAGCCUGACUGGGAGGCAAUUGCACAGAAAAAUGAGGAGAAUCAUGUUCGGGCAGAUGAGCGCUAUCGAGUAGCCCUCAAAGAGCUCAAAUCACAGAGACAGAAAGAUCAGGAGGAACAAAAUCGUUUUAUCGAGGCUAGGAAGAAGUCCAUACAGGUGGAGAAGCAGAGGGCAGCAAAAGUGGCCAACUUCCCAUCCCUUCCACCCAAUCCAAUUGAGAGUAUUGAGUCAAGGAAGCUGCAUGCAGUGAAGAAAUCAGACGUGGAUGCCUUCUCUGUGACUCACUAUCAUAUGCCAGAGACUGCAGUGGACAGGGAAGUCUACACAGCACAGCCAAACGCACAGGUGGCGGCAUUGGAGGAGAUGCAGCGCCUGCAGGAGCUAGGACAGGAGGAGCAGAGAGAGAGACGGGAGCAGUUGGAGAAGGCUCGUCUCAGGGGUAACCACGCGCUGAGGAGGGAACAGCUCACACAGGACCGAGAGCGCCUCCUGGUGGAGCUUGAACACAUGCAUCAAACAGACCUUUUGAGGCGCAGGCAGGUGAUGGCUCAGAUGCCUGCCCAGAUCUUCCAGCCGCUCCACAAGAGACAGGAGAUGAGGGAGGACUGGCAGAGGGAUAUGGAGUUCGCCUUCGAGGACAUGUACACUGGAGAGAGGAGAGUGAAAGGUGACCUGGUGCUGCAGCUGGUCCCAGAGCCUCUCCUAGCUGUGUCCACUGGCAGCCAGGAUGAAGACCUAGACCUGACCCAGGAGGCCACCACUGACCUUACACCCUUGGCUGGGGCAGAGGAACAACAGGAUGAAGAACCAUCCAGGCCUCUAGGUGGCGCUCCCAGACAGGCCUUGAAGAAACUAUUGACCCGCAUCAGGUCACAGAGAGACCAGUGGAGCUACCGGAGGCUGGUUGAUCCCCCAGGUGACUGCCAAACUACUCCGACAGCAGAGUGCGACACGUCCGCAGGCAUUACGACCAUUGAGACUGGUUCUCUGGCCAGUGAGGAGAGGGGCCGUCCUUUGACCACUAUUUCCAGACUCCCAGACGCCUCUCAGUCAGACCCAGCUAUAGAGACAACAGAAGAGUCCAUAGUGGCUGGUACCCUGCUCCAUCCUGAUAAACAAGACAUCAACAUCCACACAUUUGAAACCGAGAGGAAGAGGAGGGAGGAGGAGCUGGAGAGGCAAAAGCAGGAGCAGAUAGCCCUGCUACAGGAGUUGGAGGAGAAGAAGAGCAGGCUGGAGCUGCUGCUGCAGGAGGCCCAGCAAGAGAGAGAGCAGCUGCAGACGGCCCUGAACCAGGACACACCUGCUGCAUCUGGAACACAGAAAACACCAGCCCAAGACGUCAGCCCUGCUGCUCCAACUCCCGAGUCUACUAUACACUCAGCUGCUGAGGAUGACCACUCCAGGAGAAUCCGAGAGUAUCAGCAGCGUCUCUUUGACCAGAACAGACUUCAUAAGCAGUCCGUGGAGGAGGCUCGCCGGCGUCUUGAAGGGUACCAACGCACGCUAAGAAACCGCUACUCUGGUCAAACUAGCUCAACAUGUCUCCCUCCUGGUACCACAGCCCGUCUUCUACCACACUUUAAAGGAGGAAUCAAUCCCCCGGCAGUGCCCCUAGAACUCCCCUCUGGUUCUGCCCUGCUCCCCUGUCUCCCUGUAGCACUUAGUCCCCACUCUAGAGCUCACACCCCUUUGGACCUCCCCACACAGGAGCCCUCCAUCUUGGCUCAAACUCUCUUCCUCCCUGGCACUACAGUUGGCUCGCAUAUUAACUCCAGAACCUCACCAGUGCAGCUAGAACCCACCUUUGAAAGCCUAAGGGACCAAAGAGCAGGUGUAUGGCUGGCGGAAAAUGUGUUUAGUAGAGUCACAGAGGAUGUCCCUGAGAAGCUACCUCCACCCUCUACCUCGUUACACCCCCAGUCCUACAGACCACAUCCUGUUUCCCUCCACCCUACUCCACACAUCCCACUCCCAUCAAGAACUGACCCCAUCCCACCCAUCAGCCCAACCCUUUCAGAAGUGGGGGCCCCGGUAAAUCCUGGGGAGGCCCCGGUAAAUCCUGGGUCUGUCCUGCGGGCCCCGGACAAGUUUGGGGAGGAGGUGGAGAGGCAGAGGCAGGAGCUACGGGAGGCCCAGCGGCGGGUGGAGGCCCAGAGGGAGGUGCUCUUCAUGCAGCAGAGGGAACUGGAGGAGGAACAGAGGGAGCAGAGGAGGAGACAGAGGGAGGUGUUACAGGCACUGCUCACUGCUGAUGACACACAGCCUGGUCCAGAGACCACUGAUGGUUUGGGGUCAGAACGUCUCCGUCUGAUGGCAGCUCUGCUUCGGGCCAUCGAGGAGUCCAAUGGGCAAACCUCAACAUCUGUAGAAACCAGUCAGAGCCAAGAUGACACACUCUACGUCCAGAGUUCACACUCAGACAGACCCGCCCCUCACCCACUCCCCCACCCCCGGGCAGCCAAACCCCCGGUGGCCCGUGCCAGGCUGGCCGUCAUGGAGAUGACAGAGCAGCACGAGCUCAGUGCCAUCCAGGAGGUGGAGACGCCAGCCAAUGCCAGCCUGAUCACAGAGGAGAGUGUGGCAGUAUCUAUUGAAAGGGCAAUCGCAGAAGAACAGGACCACUUGGGCCACUCUGAAAGAGGUCACUCCAGCACCUCUGUGUCCAGUGCAUGGGAACACACAGCUGGGACUGGGAGUGAGACAUUAACCGGGUCUGGUAGAUCCAGCAAGCUGUCCUGGAGAGAGAGACUACAGCUAGAGGCUGGUGCCUCUCCUGGACCUGAUCCCACCACAGCACUCCCAGAACGGUCUUAUCACUCCUGUCAGUUUGGGAGAGGUGUCCUUGGUAAAUCUCCUACAGCGUUGGAGAGCCUGUCCUUCCUGUCUAACCCUGGUGUCUUCCUGUGUUGUGUCCCUGUCAUCUGUGUUGUCCAGUUGGAGAGCCUGUCCUUCCAGUCAGCCUGUAGACCCUCAGAACCUGACUACCUGUCCUCUACCACCAUCUCUUCUGGAAGCUAUGCCACCACGGACCCUGAACACACCUCCACGGACCCUGAACACACCUCCACGGACCCUGAACACACCUCCACGGACCCUGAACACACCUCCACGGACCCUGAACACACCUCCACGGACCCUGAACACACCUCCACGGACCCUGAACACACCUCCACGGACCCUGAACACACCUCCACGGACCCUGAACACACCUCCACCCAAAUAGACUCUUCCCUGCUCAUGGCUGGGUUUGGAAUGGGAGGAGGAGGAACAAAUAAAAAGAUAUCGGUCAAUGGCUCCUCUUCAUCCAGACACAGUUCCUGUAGGGGUGUAUCUGAUACCAUUUUAGACUCACUCAUACACAGCAGCAGUAUCCAGCGCAUCAUAGACAAAUACACCAGGGAGCUCAACUUUUCUCUUAGUACUGCUGGGAACCAGACGGGUCAAGCUGCAGUACUAGAGGGGUCAGUGUGUGAGGAGCCAAGCUCCUCUGUGUUGCAGCAGAAGCCCUGGUCUAAGUUACUGCAGGAGAAUGAGGGACCAGACAGGUCACCUGUUUGGGAAUCAGGAGCUCAGGGGCAGGACCAGGAAUGGGACAACACUGUCAACCGGAUCAUGGAUCGCCUCUCAGACAAGUCCUCCUCAUUGGUUCUGGACCAGGGACGGGACUACACUUUCAGCCCAAUGACUGGCCAGCCCUCGGAUAAGUCAUCCUCGCCGGGCCAAGGUUGGGACUCUACUUUGAGCCGAAUGAUUGGCCAGCUCUCAGGUCAAUCAACCUCACUGGACCAUGGGUGGGAUUCGACUUUGAGCAGAAUGAUUGGCGGGCUCUCCAAUCAGUCAAUCUCUGUCAGCCAGCGACUGGACCAGUCAUCCCAGUGGCUAGAUGAAGUCCAGGAUGAGAGCCGGGUGAUGAGGCCUCUGGCUGGAGAGCUGGAUGAGUCUGCUGCCCAAUGGAGUGGAAGCUCAGAAGCUGGUGGUUCUAACUCCCUAGGCUGGGUGGAUCUGAGGGUCUCGGGCCAGACAGGAGUGUUUUCUGAUCCAGAGGGAGCCCCUGAAUCCCAGUUACUGAGCAGCUCUUCUCUCCCUGUACGGGAGCCUCCACACUACCAGAGCCUGCAGCACUCUGGGGCCUGCUCCCAGGAAGCAGACAGGACUGGGGCCUCCGACUCCUUCCACCCCCUCCUGGCUGAGGUCACGCAUAACGAGACAGCCGAAACCUUCAUGACCUUUCACCUUCCAGAAGAGGAAGUGGAGGGGCUAUGUUCCCACGACGAAGAUGGUGACCAUGAAGCACCUGCAGGGGACCUUGAGCUCUCUGCAUGCUCAGAGGAGUUUGAGGAUGACACAGACCCCUCAGUCACCUCUGCACCGUCUCCUGAGCGCCUGAGAGGAGCGGAGGGACCACCUCAGUCCUCGCCCGCCCUGCACGACUCCUUGUACCAGCUGACCAUAUCCCAGUGCCUCCCCCAUGACUCUGCCCUGCAGGUAUCCCCUAGAGCGGAGGAGGUUGGUCUAGCAGCCUGUGAAGAUGUCUCCACUUUGGACAUGCCACUUGAAGGAGGGGACACUGAUAUGGAGAGUACACCAACACCUCAGAGACUUGACAAAAGAGGUGCUAUUAAAAUUGAGGACCUAGAUGCAGGAGAGCCAGAUGACCAGCUAUGUUCAGAGUCAAAGAUCAGCCCUCCCAUCUGGGAGAGAAUAAUGGAGGUGGGCAAUGUGAAGGGGAUUAUGGAUGAGUCCAUGCUGACCCUGGUGAGCCUGACAGACACCACACUACAGGGCCAGGAACUCACUGAGGAAGGAGAGAUAGAGGAAUCAAAGUCGACGAUGUUGCCAGAGGAGGACGCCAGUCUACAGGAGAAAGAGACAACCUCCUCUCAUGCAGUGAUGCUACUGGAGUUCCAGUCGUGUCCCAGCGUGAAUCUACAGGAGGCCUUCCAGCAGAAACGCAGAGCCCUGAUCCAGAGGUCUGCCCGCAGGGUGGAGGAGAUUCAAGCCAAGAGGGAUGAAGCCAGAGCCAAUACAAUCACCAGGGCCCAGUGUGACAUCAGUGAGAGUAGGGCCAACACAACCACCAGGGCCCAGUCUGACCCAACCACUGUUCAGUCAACCACUUCUAAACCCAGGAAAGAGGGGAGGAGUGCAGAGUCAACCCAUGCAGGAGGGUAUGCCAAGCAGAAAAAGCAACAGCCAAAGCCCCAAACUACCUUGCAGCCUCCCAUGCUAGCCAAGCUGAAGAAGGUUGGGGAGGUGAGGAUCAGCACUCCUGAGAUAAGGAAACAGGACGUGGCUGAGAUGCAUAAGAGAACAGAGAGGUUGUACAGCCGACUAGAUGAGGUGAAGCUUCAGAAGGAGGUCAGGAGCAGACAGGUGGCAUAUGCCAACAACAGGGAGAAGGCCAAAGAGUUUCAUACGAAAACCUUACAGAAGCUACGCGCCAAGCAGUCUUCGCAAUGAUUUUGAAGAUCGAUUGCUGUUGUCAUGUGUGUUUGCACGUAUUUUGUACUUGCGUGUAUACAUGUAUUUUUGUGCAAUUUGUAAUCAGUAAUUUAAAAGAUAAUAUUUGUAAUAAAGUGUAUAUACAUAAAUUAGUGUUCAGUCUAUUCAUCACUACUUAUUACUGUGUUCACGCAACAAAAGCAACCAGUGCAAUAUUACACACUAUAUGCUUUAGGUACCUGUAAAAUAAUUUGUUGUUUUAGUCUUUAUAUGAUUUUUUUUUUUCUGCUGUGUUUGCAAAUCCUUAUACGUGUAAUGAUGGCAGGCCCCUUGAAUAAACUGAAAUUAAAGGAUU